AUGGAAUUAGAGAAUAUCAAGAAUUUUUAUAAAAAAUCUCUUUUAGAAUCCUACAAAUAUGUUACUUUAAUUGUUACCAUUCAGGUUGUCAUAAUCAGUUUAGACGCUUUAACAAUACAUGUGGCAUGGGCACUUGCAGUUGGAGUGAUCUCCUUUGUACAAAGGCUGGAAAUUAUAACUUUUUGUAAAUAUAUUGACUUAUUAAGACGCAGACUGCAAAUUAUUAAUAAAUAUUUAAAAACCUUUGUUAAUGAACAAGACAGAAAAUCCGAAACAAUUUUCACAAUUGAAACCGAAACUAUUGUAACAAACGACACGGCCAAUUUAAUAGGCGAUGCAUCAGAGAGUAACACUAAAAUACGCGAUCUGGCUCAGAUGUAUGGCCUGAUCGGGCAUACCUGUUCUAUGAUCGGCAAAAUUUUCAGCCUCCAGAUUCUUACAAUACUUAUAAGUGUGUUUUUAUUAUUAAUUACUGUCAUGUACAAUAGCCUCAUCGUUUACCAAACAUCUACUGACUGGGGUACAAUAGUAAAUGCAAUAGUUUCUUUUUCCUUUUGGCUUUUUUACUUUGCUUUCAUGUCUUUCAAAUGUGAACAAUUACUCUCAGUGCGCAACGAAACAAAAAUUCUGGUAAACAAAAUCAUCAUGAACUAUGGUCUGCCGACGACAAUGAGAGAUCAAGCUAAAGCGUUCAUGCAACUCAUGGAGGCGUGGCCCUUGCGUAUCCACAUUUACGAUAUGUUCUCAGUAGACACAACGCUGAUGUUGAAAUUCAUAAGUGUGGCUACAACUUACUUUAUUGUAAUUAUUCAAGUUGUUCAUUUUUCAUAG